UCUGUAUUGCCACGAUCAAACUGUCGGUGAUGACGUACACCGCAACUUGCCAAAGUCUCUUUUUGAAACCCCAGAGAUAAGGCAAAAGUCUUGCCAAGCCGUUGACAGUUUGUUAGGUGACAGUCUGAAACACAGACGCACAGACAGACGUUGAAUGUGCGUUCCCAAUCAUCUUUCCCUUCAGGACCCGCAGGCGCAGCCACUCAAGAGCAGCCCGUGGCAUCGGCGCCGCCUCCUCGCGCGUCAUUCCGAGUGUCUCUCCCGCACGGUCUGGCUCUGUUGACGCUUCACUCAAAACAUCGCAAAGCUAUCGCUGUUAGUACUUCAGGUCAUUUCAGUCGUGCACCUCAAGCGCCCCAUACUUCCCUCACUGCCUUCCGUCACCACAGUCAGUCAUCGUCAUUGAUAUUACUUGUAGCUCGCGUAGAGCUACAAGUAAUGAGCAGUAUUUCGCCUUCGUGCAAGACGGAAAGCGAGAUGCCUCAAAACUCUGCCUGAUGCGCCCAGCCAGAUGGCCGAGCAGAGCGGCGUCAACGCGAGCAGUCCGUGGACGGAGGUGGACACCUUCAUGGACUUCCUCAUCGACAUGGACAUCGUGAUCGUGAAGGAGGACCUCGAGCCGGGCGAGGACCCGUGGCAGGCCCUGUGGUUGAUCUCCUCCAUCGCCAUCGUCGGGCUGAUCCUCUACUUCCUGUUCCUGAAGACGGUCAGCAACUCCGACAUGGACAGCGUGUUCACCAACCUGUACCGGCUGCAGGCCACGGAGGCGCUGGUCACCGUGCUCUCUCAGACGGCGGCUGUGCUGGUGACGGUCACCAGCAUCGUGGAGGGCACGCAGAAGAGCUCGGUGUGCCGCGGCCUCCUCACCACCGUCAUCGCCUCCUACCUGAGUUUCUUCUUCACGCUCAUGAUGAUCGCCUUCACGCGCUGCAUGUACGUCAUCUUCCCGCUGUACAUCCACCACCUCCACCCGGCCGUGCUGCAGGCCAGCAUCGCCGUCGGCUGGGCCGUCUUCGCCAUCUUCUGCGCCGUCGUCGUCUACCAGCAGGAGAUCUGGUCGCUGUUCCUGCUGUACCUCUGCAUCGGCAUCUACGGCACCCCGCUGCUCACGGGCAACAUGAUCACCACGCUCACCUUCCUCGUCAUCGGCAUCACCCUCCUGCUGUACGUGUUCAUCCUCGCCAUGCAGUACAAGUCCAAGGUCCCGCACCGCCGCCGAAUCAUGCAGAGGAACCGCGCCACCCUGCUGACCUGCAUGGUGCACUUUGGGGUGCAGCUGCUGGAGAUGGUGGCCCAGGGCCUGUUCAAGUUCAUCCGCUACCAGGAGGUGUCCAUCUGGAGCACCAUGUCCGUCAUCACUUUCCAGUCGUUCGUCCGCGUCAUCCUCUCGCCCAUCAUCCUGGUCAUGCUGAUGCGUCGGGGGCGGCAGGCCAGGCAGUGAACGGGGGGGCGGCAGGCCAGGCAGUG